CUUUUACAUUUCCUCACUCACUCUCUCAGAGACCAAAGCAAAAAAUAAAAAUAAAGAAAUGGCUCGAUCUUUCGCUAUCGCUGUGAUCUGUAUCGUCCUCGUCGCCGGCGUCACUGGUCAAGCUCCGACUUCACCACCAACCGCCACACCAGCACCACCAACUACAACAACUCCUCCACCAACUUCUACUCCUCCUCCUGUCUCAGCACCACCACCAGUCACAACUUCUCCUCCUCCAGUCACCACUGCUCCUCCUCCAGCUAACCCACCACCACCAGUCUCAUCUCCUCCUCCAGCUACUCCUCCUCCCGUCGCUACUCCUCCUCCAGUCUCUUCUCCUCCUCCUCCCGUUGCUUCUCCUCCACCAGCAACUCCUCCUCCCGUCGCUACUCCUCCUCCAGCUCCUCUAGCUUCACCUCCUGCUUCAGUUCCAGCUGUUGCACCGGUCACGAAGCCAGAUUCUCCAUCUCCUUCGCCGUCUUCUAGCCCACCUCUUCCAUCUAGCGACGCUCCUGGACCUAGCACUGAGUCACUCACUCCUGGUCCUAGUCCUUCCACAGAUGUAAACGACCAGAAUGGAGCUAGCAAGAUGGUAUCAAGCUUAGUAUUUGGAUCAGUUCUCGUUUGGUUUAUGAUCUAAGUUGGAGUCUUUUGUCACCAACAACAAUGUUCCUCCAAUGCAUUUAUUAUUAUGUCGUUCUUUUGUUUUGUUCCAUUGUAUUGCUUGGGACUGAAUUCUUUUGGGAUUUAUGAUCUUUUGGAGAGGAUACUACUGAGAGAGCUUUUGAGAUGGAGAGAUAGCAGCAGGAUUUUUAUUUUGUUUGCAGAUACUUUUGUGGCUUCCUUUCUCAUUCUAUUUGAUUAUUAUUAGUUGUACUUUAUUCCUUCU